UUCAGACUGCCUGAAGUUACGUUUAGAGGCUGGAAUCUCUGCACCUUGCAAACAAAGAGCCCGACCUCCUCUGCGUUCCUCUCCCGGGCGAUCAAUCACGCUACGGAUUCCUCAGCGAGGGGCAGCGCCUCAGCUCUGGGCAGACGUGGCUCCCCCUGCUCCCGGGCCCCAAUGAACACCUGCACUAGGCCCCAGGCCUGGAGUGAUUUGCCUGAGGAGUGACCUGUGCACAACUACUGAAGAAACCCAAGACAGCUGAGCACCAGAAGGCGUCUGAGGAGAUGCGAUUCCCCAGCCAAGUGGCUGCAGUGCCCCGCCAGGCUUACCCUGCCUGAACUCUGAAGCCGGACGGCCGCCAAGCCCCCACUCGGCCCCGCCCCCAGCCCCCCGACACAUUCACUGACGAACUGCGGGCUCGCACCGGCUCACCUGAUUGGGACAGCAGUUGCAAGGGGAUGAGCGAGCGUGUCCACAGCAUCAACCUCCACAACUUCAGCAAUUCCGUGCUCGAGACCCUCAACGAGCAGCGCAACCGUGGCCACUUCUGUGACGUGACGGUGCGGAUCCACGGGAGCAUGCUGCGGGCCCACCGCUGCGUGCUGGCGGCCGGCAGCCCCUUCUUCCAGGACAAGCUGCUGCUGGGCUACAGCGACAUCGAGAUCCCGUCGGUGGUGUCGGUGCAGUCGGUGCAGAAGCUCAUCGACUUCAUGUACAGCGGCGUGCUGCGCGUGUCGCAGUCGGAGGCGCUGCAGGUGCUCACGGCGGCCAGCAUCCUGCAGAUCAAGACGGUCAUCGACGAGUGCACGCGCAUCGUCUCGCAGCACGCGGGCGACGCCUACCCGGGCGCGCCCACGGACUCGGGCCGCGACACGCCGCGGGGCACCCCCGAGUCGGGCACGUCGGGCCAGAGCAGCGACACGGAGUCGGGCUACCUGGCGGCGGGCCCGGGCCCGCACAGCGUGGACCGCAUCUACUCGGCGCUGUACGCCUGCUCCCUGCAGAACGGCAGCGGCGAGCGGUCCUUCUACAGCGGGGCGCUGGUCAGCCACCACGAGACGGCGUUGGGGCUGCCCAGGGCCACGGCCGCAGCCCUGGAGGAGCCCGGCUGGAUCGCGCGCAUCCACGAGCGCUCGCAGCAGGUAGAGCGCUACCUGGCCGCCGCCGCCGCCGCGCCCGAGACCACGCACUGCCGCAAGCAGCCCCGGCCCGUGCGCAUCCAGACCCUCGUGGGCAACAUCCGCAUCAAGCAGGAGCUGGACGACGACGACGACGACGAAGGCGGUGGUGGUGGCGGCGACGGCGGGGACGGCGGUGGCGACGAGGAGGAGGGUGGGGCCGCGGGCGCCACCGCCGCCAGGGACGAUGCCGACCCCGGGGGAGCGGCCGGCGGGACCCCCGAGGGCGCCGGGGGCUGCUGCGGACGUGGGCCCCGGGGCCCGCCCGAGCGGCGCGGAGAGGCGGCCGACAGGCCCGACGACCCCGAGCCGGCCGAGGGCGCCGACAGCGAGCCCAAGGGCGAGAGCUUCGACUCCGGGGUCAGCUCGUCCGUCGGCACGGAGCCGGACUCCGCCGAGCAGCCACCCGCCGCCGCCCGCGAGGCCCCGGCCGAGCCCGCCCCAGCCGAGCGCCCCGACCCGCCGGCCCCAGCCCCCGCGCCCUGCCCGGAGCCCGCCCCAUCCCCGGAGCGGGCUGGAGCAGGAGGAGGAGGAGGAGGAGGAGAGCGGGCCGGCGAGGAUGACGCGGACGGCGUCCUGCUUGCCCUGGGCCCCAGCGGGCCCGACAAGGGCGCCCCGCAGCCCGCGGCCCAGCCCCUGCCCGGCGCCCAGCUCUACCUGCGCCAGACAGAGACCCUCACCAGCAACCUGCGGAUGCCCCUGACCCUGACCAGCAACACCCAGGUCAUCGGCACGGCCGGCAACACCUACCUGCCCGCCCUGUUCACCACGCAGACGGCCGGCGGCGGCCCCAAGCCGUUCCUGUUCAGCCUGCCACAGCCCCUGGCCGGGCAGCAGGCACAGUUUGUCACCGUGUCCCAGCCGGGCCUGUCCACUUUCACGGCCCAGCUGCCGGCGCCCCAGCCCCUGGCCCCGCCGGCCGGCCACGGCGCCGCUGGGGGCCCCGCCGAGAAGAAGCCUUACGAGUGCACGCUCUGCAACAAGACUUUCACCGCCAAACAGAACUACGUCAAGCACAUGUUCGUCCACACGGGCGAGAAGCCGCACCAGUGCAGCAUCUGCUGGCGCUCCUUCUCCCUGAAGGACUACCUGAUCAAACACAUGGUGACCCACACGGGCGUCAGGGCCUACCAGUGCAGCAUCUGCAACAAACGCUUCACCCAGAAGAGCUCUCUGAACGUGCACAUGCGCCUGCACCGCGGAGAGAAGUCCUACGAGUGCUACAUCUGCAAGAAGAAGUUCUCUCACAAGACCCUGCUGGAGCGCCACGUGGCCCUGCACGGCUCCAGCAACGGCGGCCCGGCCCGCGCCGGUCCCCCUGGCCCGCCAGCCUGCACGGAGGGCACCACCUACGUCUGCUCCGUCUGCCCCGCCAAGUUUGACCAAAUCGAGCAGUUCAACGACCACAUGCGGAUGCACGUGUCAGACGGAUAAGUACAUCUUCUCCCUCUCUCCCUUCCUCCCUCCCUCCCUCCCUCCCCCCAGC